AUGACCUGGCCGGAGAGUCUGGAGGACUGCAGAGGCAAGACGAUGCUGAGCGUGUUCGAGGGGGACAUCAGAGACGGGGAUUUCUUAAGAAAAGCCUUGCGUGGCGCAUCGAUGGUGUUCCACAUCGCCUCCAUUAUCGAUGUUACCGAAUCAGUGGCGUACAGCGAGAUGUACGGAGUCAAUGUCAAAGGAACUCAGCUGCUUUUGGAGGCUUGUAUCCAAGAGAACGUGCUUUCUUUCAUCUACACCAGCACUGUGGAAGUGAUGGGGCCAAACCCCAGAGGAGAGCCAAUAAUAAACGGCACCGAGGACACAAAAUAUGACACAACUCUCAAGUUCAACUACAGCAAGACUAAGUGGAAGGCUGAGCAGAUAACCCUUCAGGCUAACAACGAGACGCUGCAAAAUGGAGGCCGACUCUCCACAUGCGCCCUCAGGCCUACCUACAUCUAUGGGGAUGGCUGCCGCUUCCUGCUGCACCACAUGGGCGACGGGAUACGAAACAACAAUGUUCUCUUACGCAUGUCUGUACCAGAGGCCCACGUGAAUCCAGUCUACGUGGGCAACGUGGCAUUCGGUCACCUCCAGGCCGCUCGUAGCCUUAAAGAUGCACAAAAAAGGAACACCAUUGGCGGGAACUUUUACUUCCUUUCUGACGACACCCCACCCACAAGUUAUUCAGACUUCAACCACGUUUUGAUGUCGCCGCUCGGCUUCAGUAUUCAGGACAAACUCAGGCUGCCUCUCAGCAUCUUUUAUAUAUUGUGUUAUUUCCUAGAGGCAAUCUGCACGAUUCUACGACCGUUCAUUCGCAUCGUGCCGCCGCUGAACAGGCAGCUGCUCACCUUGUUGAACACUACCUUUACCUUCUCCUAUCAGAAAGCCAAGAAGGAACUGGGGUAUGUCCCCCGCUACAGCUGGGAGGAGGCCCGCAAACGCACCACAGAGUGGCUCGCCUCUCAGCUGCCAAUGGAAAGGCAAAAAAUCAUGUCCAGUUAGUUCAUUAUGGUUUAAAAAACGAAAAGUAUAUUUGAGAACAUCGAACAUUUCGUGCACUGGCUGAAAACACAGUGUGAGGAUAGUUCUUAUCAAUAUAAUAAUUCACAUGUUCCUUAUUGUACAAACAGUUACCUUAAAAUAAAUCAGACAGGGUCCAUCACAAUUAUUGGUACACCUUUAAAAUAUAUAAAAACAAACGCUCUUAAAUUAACUGUUAUUAAGACGCGGUUAUGGAGGGUGACUGGUGCCAUAAUAUAAUAAACUAAUUACUUAAAAAAUAUUUAUUUAAAUGUGUUAUUAAUUUAUUUAGA